CCUCGGCUGCCCUGUGCAGAUCUCAGGAAGCAGGCGAGGCAGCUGGAGAACGAGCUGGACCUGAAGCUGGUCUCCUUCAGCAAACUCUGCACCAGCUACAGCAGCACCCGAGAUGGAAGGCGCGACAGCUCUGACACAACUCCUCUCUUAAAUGGAUCAAGCCAGGACAGAAUGUUUGAGACCAUGGCUGUGGAGAUUGAACAACUUCUGGGAAAGCUUACUGGAAUAAAUGACAAAAUGUCAGAAUACACAAAUAGUGCAGGAGUGCCGUCCCUGAAUGCUGCACUGAUGCAUACGUUACAGCGUCAUAGAGACAUACUGCAGGAUUAUACACAUGAAUUCCACAAAACCAAAGCAAAUUUUUUGGCAAUACGAGAAAGGGAGAAUCUGUUGGGAUCAGUACGAAAAGAUAUCGAAUCAUAUAAAAGUGGGUCUGGCGUGAAUAACAGAAGAACAGAACUAUUCCUGAAGGAACACGAACACCUUCGAAACUCAGAUCGACUGAUAGAAGAAACAAUAAGCAUUGCCAUGGCAACUAAAGAAAAUAUGACUUCGCAGAGAGGAAUGUUGAAGUCAAUACAAAGCAAGAUGAAUACCUUGGCUAAUCGGUUUCCAGCAGUGAACAGCCUGAUUCAAAGGAUCAACCUUCGGAAACGACGAGAUUCUUUCAUCUUGGGUGGCGUUAUUGGCAUCUGUACCAUCUUACUGCUGCUGUAUGCUUUUCAUUGA